AUGUCAGGUCCUGGUGUUGGCUUCGAAUAUCCUCCGACCGAGGUGUCAUGGUUGAAGAGAGAUGUCCUGCUCUUCGCCGUGAGCAUUGGCUGCACGGUGGAUGAGUUGCACUUCAUCUACGAACUCCAUCCCAAUUUCGCCGUGUUUCCCACAUACCCGAUCAUCCUGCCCUUCAAGAAGACCACACAGGAAGUCAUCGACUUCUAUGCUGUUCAAGCCAGCAAUCCCAUUCCGGGCAUCCCCAAGAUGGACCCAAGACGUGCCGUCGAUGGCCAGCGCCACAUCGAAUUUCUCAAGCCUCUGCCACCGACAUCCGCGGGCCGAAAAUUCGAGCUGCGGUCCAAAGUUAUUGGAGUCUACGACAAGGGCAAACCUGGCACGGUGGUCGAGACUGAGCAGACCAUCGUAGACAAGGAGAGCGGUGAGGUGUACAGUCGGGUGGUCAGCUCUGGCUUUUUUGUCGGCCAGGGCGGUUGGGGUGGACCCAAGGGCCCGGCGUCCGUCAACUAUCCGCCGCCCAAGGGCCGGGAAAACAGUCCCGAUGUAGUCAGCGAGAAGCAGCUGACUCCGGAGAGCGCACAUCUGUACAGACUCAACGGCGACUAUAACCCACUCCAUGCGACACCUGAACCUGGUAAGCAGAUUGGUUUCGGGGGCGCCAUCAUGCAUGGUUUGUCGACCUGGAACUUUGCGGCACAUGCCCUCCUCAAAAACCUUGGUGGAAGUGAUCCAGCCAACAUUAAGGAAUUUGGGGCUCGCUUCGCCGCGCCUGUAAAACCCGGCCAGAAGCUUGUGACGAAGAUCUGGAGAACUGGCGACAUCAAGGACGGCUGGGAAGAGGUCCGAUUCCUCACUGAGGUCAAUGGCAAGGUUGUCCUGAGCAACGGUCGGGCGCUGAUGAAGGUUGUGGGUGGAAAGAGCAAGCUUUGA